AUGGAGGAUCUGAACGGGGAAUCAAGUCUCCCAGUGCGGGAGCAAGUACCAGCUGUCGCUAUGGAAGAUCCACCUGUAGUGCCUUCCCAAACGGCUCCAGCAGGUAUCAGUGCAGAUGAAAUCGCCCUCUACGACCGACAAAUCCGUCUAUGGGGCGUCCAGGCGCAAGAGAAAAUCCGAUCUGCCUCCAUCCUCCUCAUUACACUCUCCGCCCUCUCGAACGAAAUUGCCAAAAACCUAGUUCUGGCCGGCAUUUCCACCCUCACAAUUCUCGAUAGCGCCAUUGUCACCGAAGCCGAUCUAGGCGCGCAGUUCUUUUUAUCUCAGGCCGAUGUUGGAAGGAAUAGAGCCGAGGCCGCGGCGCCUCAGAUCAGGAAGCUGAAUCCUAGAGUGAAGGUGGUGGUAGACACAACUCCGGAAGCAGAAGUGAAAAGCGAUUACUAUUCCCAGUUCGAUGUGGUCAUUGCGAUUGACCUGGCGCCAAUGCGACUGGGGCUGAUCAAUACGAUGACAAGGUUUUACCGCAAACGAUUUUAUGCUGCUGGGCUACAUGGCAUGUACGGCUUUAUAUUCUCAGAUUUGAUUGAGCACGACUAUUUAGUGGAGAGAGAAAAGGGAAACAGGCCUACAACCUUGGGCCAGGAGACGCGGUCACGAAGCGUGGUUAAUGUGUCACAGAAGAAGGAAAAUGGUAAGAAUAUUGAGUUGGUGACCAAAAGAGAGGAAUAUGCGACCUGGAUUCUUUGCAGCGAUGGCGCACGGCUUCCCGAAGAGUUUUUGAAAAGUAGACGGCGGCUAAAGGCCGUGACGCCGAUAUUAUCAUGCUUUCGAGCUCUAUGGGCAUUUCUUGAUAUGAACAACGGUCGAUUCCCCAGCCCCAGCAUCCGCGAAGACAUUGCAAGCUUCACGCUGCUAGCAACAGCAAAACAUAAGGCUCUUGGUUUGCCGGAGGAGACUAUGAAAUCCGAAGUCUUGAGAAAAUUCCUCGGCGGUCUGAAUACUGAGAUAUCUCCAGUCGCAGCUGUUCUCGGAGGCCAGCUUGCGCAAGAUGUUAUCAAUGUUUUAGGUGCUCGCCAGCAGCCUAUCCAAAAUACGGUGAUCUUCGAUGGAGAUACUAUGGAGUCGCCAAUGUUCGUAUUACAUCCAGAUGGGGAGGAGCUAGGUACCGAGUUGUUAGCCACAUCCAAUGUUAACAUGGACAAUGGCUUGGUCAUGAACGGUGCUCCGUUGCCAGUAGUUCCUGGAGUACCUGUCGAUUCGACAGUUAUCGCAUAG